AUGCUACGUACAUUCCUUGCGGCACUUCUUUCCUGUUUAGCUUUAUUAUGGACUUCCUCUGGAGCUUCGAGGGGAUAUAGUGAAUUGUCAAAGAUAGUAGAAUAUGAUUCACUCUUACCUGAACCAUAUGGUCUAUACGGUUCUAUAAUAAUCAGUGUGGAUGGAAAAUGUUGGAUUGGAUCAGAAGAAACUGAAUGUCAUCCUCAAUUAGUUGGAGAUUGGGUUCAUCGAAUUAUACCAUUCUUAGCUUCUUAUCCAAUUUAUUAUUCCCUUUCGACAUUCUCAUUCUUCCUAGCUAUAGUACUUCAUUUCAUGAUCAGGAAUCGAUGGACUGAUAAAACCGAAUCAACAAGUUUUAGGAGGUUCACUUUAUUUGUAAUGGUCUUGAAAGAUCUCAUUGGUAUUCUCGGACCUGUUCACACUUCAUUAUCACUACUCAUCUUACCUCUCAUAGAUUCAACGACAUUUCAAAUUAUCGAUGUUCAAUUAGGUUGGGGAAGCAUAAUGACCAUAUUCGCCGUAUUCGGUUCUACUCUCUUGACUGCAGGAUACGAAAAUUGGUCCAAAAGGUUAAUUGAUAAUGAACUUGAAAAUGGGAUCGUACUUGGAGAAGGAGAAGAAAAUGACAUCCCGUCGUCGACUCCAAACUCACCCAGAACAAGUGAACAACCUGACAGAGAAGAAAAAAUUAUUACAGUCCAAGUCUGA